AUGAAUGAAGCUGAGACCAAACGGGUACGCGAAAUUGAACAUAAAACUUUGUUGUUGAAGUCAUUAUCAUCGCAGAAUGCGGGGACCUACAAGUGUAACAUAUCCUUUCUUGGGUAUAGAGCCUCUGAGUUGGUAAAUAUAAGCGUUAAAGGUAAUAAUCAUCAAAUUUUUUAUUAGCAUUUCUUUGAAUUUUAAUUUUUCCCGCUUCUGUUAUUUCCGCGAAUUUUAUCCUGACAUGAAUGCGACAACUUUGAGUCGUACCAGAGCCAGCAAUGCAAGUACGCGCAUUUCCGGCCAAUAAUAAUACCGCUUCCGAAGUGAGAAUUAACCAUUUUUUGCCAUAAUCAACUGCCUUUUUGGCACAUGCAAGUGUUCGCGGAACAUGGCCUCGACUGGCAUGUCUAAUAAGAAAAAAAUGCUUGGCCAGCAGUGUCACAACCCUACCAAAUUUUCAUAAACUCAUGAAAAAUUAUCAAUAAUAUAUGCUUCCUUCAAUUUCAACUUGUGCAGAGAGAACAAUCAUUGCUUAAUUUAAAGUAAAUAGCGAAAAAAAAUUUUAAAAAUGUAAUUUUUUGUUACUCUUCUGGAUUUAAUCCCAAAAACGUUAUGGAGAGAAGCAACCAGUGAUCUGCUGGCAUGGGGGUUAUGGGUCAUACUUCAUCCUCCUUGUGAAGAAUUUCAGGUGGUGCAAAAAUAUUUACGGGGACGCCGACACUGCAUAUAGAAUUAAACCAAAAUUGUCAAUUCAAUUUAAAAAUUUGCGAAAAUUUGUACCGAUUGUAGCCAAAUUUUAAUUUGAGUUGCAAUUGGCCUUCUCUGACGCACAGCAGCGGGCCAGCUCGCCACUGGCGAAAUGCGAUCGUAUACCAUAAAUUACAACUUCUUUUGAAACUUUCGGCAAUUUGCUAAGUAGACACUUAUAUUGGUAAUUUCCAAUUCAAAAUAUAAACUCAAUUUGUAUCAUUCUGCCGGUAGAAACACGACCAUUUUCAAAAAAUCAGCUUUUGAUAAUUUUAGGAAUCCUGAAUGGUCAAGUUUUAAUAUAUCGCCUGAAAAUUCCAAAGUAAUUCAUAUCGCUCUCCAUGGUUUUUGCAUGCAUUAAGCACACAAUUAAUGGCCUUUGCUGAGUGAUUAAUAUCGAUUGAUUCAUCGUUUUCUUAUUACAUUAUCUCUCAACUUUCAAGCAUGCAUAAUCUAAUUCAAAUGCUUAAUUUUACUGCAGCCCCAUUGAAACCUGAUAUUCAAAUGCUGAAUGAACAAAAUAAUUUCCAUGCUAAUGAAGGAAAGGGUUUUUCACUAACCUACAACGUGUUGUCUUACCCAGCCUCUGAUAUUAAAUGGUGGAGAUCUAAAGAUGGAAAAGUAUAUGACUUGAUAACUCAGUGUUUGGCGUCAAAAAAGUGCGAAAAUCACGGAGGAAAAGAUCAUAUAACAAAGACAAGUUUCGAAAUAAAGGAUCUUAAAUUUCCCAAUGAUAAUUUGCUCUACAAAUGUAAUACAAGUAACGACUAUGGAAGUGACUCAAAAACCUUUCAAUUAAAUGUUUACGGUAAUGUAAAUAUGUUAUAAUGAAACCACUUCUGUUUCUACUAGACAGGCUCAACUAUAUUACUGAAUUUCAAAUGUUCAUUUCUAUAGACAUCUGGCAUGUGUCUGAGGAAUAAAAUGACUAAAAGAGUUUAAAUGUUUUGAUUACAACUAGUACGAGAGCUGAAAUAUUUUUAUUGUUUUUGGUCUUUUUUGUUUUGUUGUUGACAUAAGCUAUAACACGACACUUCGCAUUUCGUAAAUAUUCUUCCACUUCGGUAAAUAAUUUUUAAUUAAGAUUAAUUUCUUUACAGUGAAACCUGAGAUUAACAUGGAGAAGACAUAUAGAUUCAAAGAAGGGCUGAUAAUUAAUUGUUCAUUAAAGAGAAGUAAUCCUCCAGAAGUAAAUUACACCUGGUAUUCAUGUAACACUCCCAACUGUGUCGGGAAAAGUUUGUCCGAGACAUCUAUCUUACGACUUGACAGUCAACCAAAGUCUGUUAUGAAGUAUCAGUGCAAAGCCAAAAACGCUGUUGGCAGUGCAUCUAAAAUCAUUGAGGUGUUUAAAUCCAGUAAGUCUACCUUAUCGAAAUUAUAG